AUGGCUUUGGUUGGAUACGGAAGCAGUGAUGAGGAGGAGGAUAUUGUUGAAGAAAUUCAAAAACAGGUCCCGCUGGUAGCUCCAGCUUCAAGGUCUUCCGAACCAGCAAGUAGCCAUAAAGAAAUACAGUCAAAUGGAUCCUUAAACCCCGAAAAGAAAGUGGUUGACGAUGCGACGAAUCCACAUCAAGAUUCAGUCCCUGCCGACGAUGCGCCCGUAGUCGGUCCAAUUCAAGGGCCAAGUAUACCAACGAUGGAUGCGGAGAUGAAUGGGCUUCAAGAAGAAGAAGAUGGAAUUAGCGGACCGCCCCAGUCGCCUUACUCGGCGAAUAGAGCUCUUUUAAGAGACUUAACCCUACCAAGUCUACCCAGCUACGAUAUUCCUCCAUCACCGCCUGGCUCCCCCGUCGCAAGCACGAAUGCAAAGUUCAAGCAUUUCCUCGAUCUGAAGAAGAAAGGCAUACAUUUCAACGAGAAACUCUCGAAGUCUGCGGCUAUGAAGAACCCUGCUCUGAUGCAAAAGCUUAUGGACUUUUCGGAUAUUGACGAGAUAGGCCAAUAUUCUACAACUUUACCAAAAGAGAUAUGGAAUCCUAGGGCAUUUCCAGAAACUGCAUUCAAGGAGGAGCUUGCGAAAAGUCAGAAGAAAAUUCUGAAGCGUAAGGAAGAAGAAAGGCUUCGAGGACAGAGAGGAGCAGUAGAUUUUGUUCCAGCGGCUGUCACGACGGAGCCUUCGAGUCGUAGUGGUACACCCGGAGGGAAAGGCCCAAAAAGUGCGGCGGAGAGGAUCAUGGCCGGUCUUGACUCUGAUCGAGGUCGUUCAAAUUCACCCCAGGUCCAAGGUGUGAAGAGAAAAGGCAGAUUCGAUACUUGA